UGCUGCCUUUCAGCACCGGGCUGGGGGCUCCCUCCCCACCCCUGAGAUGCUGAGUUGGCUUCCUGGAGACUGCAACCACAAGCCAGAAAACAAGAACGAGAGACUCUUGUGUGGGAGCCACACACCAGAUAGAGAGCGAAAGAGCCUGGUUUUGGCCCUCCCUUCCCAGCCUACAAUGCAAUCACGCUGCAGCCUGUGCCAGUGACAGCGAUGGACGUGCUGUGGGUAUCCCUGGUGGCUCUUUUCCUGAUGGCGCCCAGACAAGUCCAGGCAAAUACAACGUCUCCUGCCGUCCCCUGGAACAUCACACAUGGUGGACACAGGAACACGUCUGCAGAGCCAGGCCUCUUGGGAGAGGGAUCUGUCCGUUUGGUGAAUGGCAGCAGCCGCUGCAGUGGUACCGUGGAGGUCCAUCAUGAUGGGCGGUGGAUGCCAAUCUGCCAGGAAAUGUGGGACAAGGAGGCCUCCCACGUGGUCUGCAGACAGCUGCACUGUGGGGAGGCAAAGGAGACAGAAGCUGAACCCACCCCCAGGCCUGUGUGCCCGCCUAGGUCAACACCCACAAAGGAAGCCACCCUGUCCUCUCAGAACCUCUGCCCUUUCCUGCACAUCCACUGUGUGGGUCUGGAGAGCACAUGGAAGCAGUGCAAUGUGUCAGAGCUGUGCUGUAAUGGGAAGCCGGCCAGCGUCACCUGCACAGGUUCCCAUUCUGUGCGCCUAGUUGGCGGGGGCAGUUGCUGUGAGGGCCGUGUGGAGAUCGAGGUGGACGGUGUCUGGGGCACAGUGUGCGAUGACGCCUGGGACCUGGAUGACGCCAGGGUGGUAUGUCAGCAGCUGAAGUGCGGCUGGGCCAUCCAGGCUCCAGUGGCCUCCUCCUUCCACAAAGGGACAGGCCCCAUCCACCUGGAUGAGGUGAGCUGUGCUGGGAAUGAAUCCCAACUGUGGGACUGUCCAGCUGAGAGGAGCCAUGAUUGCGGCCACAAGGAAGAUGCCAGUGUGGUGUGCUCAGAGCACCAGAAGUGGCGCCUGUCGGGGGGCAAGGACGCCUGCGCUGGCCGCGUAGAAGUUUAUUACCGGGGUGUGUGGAACACGGUGUGCGACGGGACCUGGUACGAGGAGGAGAUGAGCGUGCUGUGCCAGUGGCUGGGGUGCAGCCCCUCUGGCCGGAAGCUGAGCUUCAACCACACACAGGAGGGCAGGAUGAACUACCAGUGCUCAGGGACUGAGCCCUCACUGUCCUGGUGCCGAUGGCACUACAACAACUUUAACCUGUGCCACCAGUCCCAGGCUGCCGGCGUGAUCUGCAAUGGCUCGCUGGGCUUGCUGAACACGUCUGCUGUGCCCUCCACGGAGAUGAUGACUCCAGAUGCCAGAAGCACAGCUGCGCCACUGUGCUGGGAAGCCAAGGCCCUCUCGAACUGGACUCUCCUCCUCCUCUGUGUCGUCCUGGGCUUUCUCCUCUUGGUCACCGUGCUGACCUUCACCACCGCCCUUCUGAGGAUGAGGAGGAAACACGCCCACGCCGUGUCCUCUUCCUCAUUAGCCACCCCGGUCCUGGUGAAUCAUAGUGCACAGGGCCCGGAGUCGCCCGCAGGGGGUGCCAAUGACUACAGGAAAGCCCCCUCCAAAGCAGAAGCUCUCUGA